AUGGGACGGGCAAAGAAACCAAAGGUCACUCCCUCGAAGCGCGUCAAUCCCAUAGCCGUCCUUCCCAAAGGUCCCAGACCUCAAAAUUUCUUCCAAGGCCCUCAAGGAGAAGCACCUGAUAUGCGAAUUGAGCUCUUUGGCACUGAAUUUCACGUCUACAGUCCAGUCCUGAAAUUUUACUCAGCAUUCUUUGCCAAAUUUCUUGAACCCGCAAACAAACCCCCAAAACCAGAAGUGCCAUUUGGGUCCAAGCGGCUCAAAUAUGAAUGGGUCACACAGGUUGAUGAUGACGGCCAGUCGUACUGUUUGACGGACCUGGCGAAUUAUACUCCAGUAAGCCCUGACUGGCAACUCAUUUUAUAUGGAUGUGAGCUAAUUUGACGCAGCGGUCUCCAAAUGCAAAGAGAAUUAAAGUAACGAAAAUCCAGCAAGCAGAAGACAUACUGGGAUUCCAAAAACUCCUAUGUGUUCUCAAUCGAAAGCAAUGCGAUCUGUUCUCGGUCCAACAACUUUCAAAUUUAGUGGAGCUCGCGGAUUACUACCUCGCACUGCCGGAAGUCUCCAGGUCGAUCAACUAUAUACAAUUGACCCACCCUUGGAGCUUCUUUAAAAGGUCGAUUCCACAAGACUGUGUCUCCAUUCUGCCUCUGGCGCUGAAACUAAAACAUAAGCUUCUAUUCAAGGAGUGCUGUAUAUUUCUCUGCAAUCCUUACUCAGAUCCAAAACUGAAUCAGUUGGAAGACCCCAAGUUGAAAGCGAUUGUGAAAACGGCUUACAACAAGGUGACUUCAGAUUUGGUUCAAGUGUUUUUGACUGUAAUUGGUGCCAUUUCCAAAAAACACCUCGGUUACAAGUCCUAA